UUGUGCAAUUUGUUGCUCGGUUGUUGUUUUUUUCAACACGUCAGGUUUUUCAGGAAAAAAAUAUCACACUGAUGAUGUAUAGGUCUCAAAAACUUGUGUAUCAAAUAUGAUACACUUGGCUUUAUAGGGUUAAAGUGUUUGUUACACGGGUGUCACCAUGGGGUCUUAUGGGUUAAGUUGGUGAUUUAGAGCAAGUUUCCAGGUGUGUUUUCAUACUGGAGCAAAGUUUUCACCUAAGUCAUAGUAUCCUUUAGAUAUAUCUGAUUGCAAUGUAGCCAAAAGGUCACGGGAACACAGUGGUCAUUUGUGGGCAUGAUCGUAUUUUUAGGGAUGUGGCAUACUGGCCCGCUGUGACCUUCUCUGAGUCUUGACAUUGCUGGUUACAGUGUAUCUGUUUCACGGCGGUGGAGGCAAACUUCUUGGACUGAUUCAUUUACGCGCCGUAGCGGGAAUAUUACAAAUAAAUUAAAUUAAAUCAAAGCCUUAGUCCUCUCAACUUAAACACCUGAAGUUAUCUGUAAGUUUGAGGUGAAGACACACGUCGCUGUAACACAUUAGACACGCUGACAAAGUUGUUAGGAUGUCCGGUUGGUUUCGCCGCUCCCCCCCUUUUCCCGACAUGAAUGGAACAUCCUGAAAGUGGUUUGGCUCGCGGAGCAGCAGAAGUUGCAACUGACAACAUCGCAGGGGGCAACUUCAUUUCUCCUCUCCACCGUCUGACGGCAAUAAGUUUUAACAUACCGACCAGCUGCGUAUGCCGUUUUAAAAUCACCCCGUCGUCAUUUUCUCACUCUAAAGCAAUGUUCAUUUUGAUUUUUUCCUAUUUGUUUUGAGGCAACACACUAAAAAAACGCGACUUGAAGUAGCAGGCUUCUGGUUUUUUUGGGAAUGCUUCCUCAGUCUGCCAGUAAAGAGCAGAGAGUGACAGUCCUAUCUGUCAAUUCACACCUGAAGACAUGUUGUCCUGGACUCUGGCUGACUGGAAGGUGCUGCUGCUGACUGUGCUGCUAUGGGACAGCGUCUGUGCUUUGGGGGGACUGAAACCCACGAGAUCGCCGCUGUAUUCACAAAAGCCUCUGCUCCUGGCUUGGAACGCCCCAACCGAGGACUGUGGCCCACGGCAUGGUAUCCGCUUUCAGCUGGACUUGUUCCAGAUCGUGGCCUCACCCAAUGAGGGCUUUGUCAAGCAGAACCUCACCAUCUUCUACAAGGAACGACUGGGCUUGUACCCCCACUUUACAGAAGAUGAAACGGCGGUGAACGGGGGGCUGCCGCAGGUGGCCAGUCUCACGCAGCACCUGGACAAGAUGCCCGAGGGAGUGAAGAAGUACAUACGGGAACCAGGGGCUAAAGGUCUGGCGGUUAUUGACUGGGAGGAGUGGCGCCCGCUCUGGAUACGUAACUGGGAAAGAAAAGAUGUUUACCGGAAGCAUUCUCGCGAGUUGGUGCGUCAGAAGAAUCCAACAUGGCCGCCAGAGCAGGUGGGCAGGGUGGCCCAGCAGGAGUUCGAGUUGUCCGCCAGGAACUACAUGCUGGAGACGCUGAGGCGGGCCAAGUUCCUGAGGCCCAACCAGCUGUGGGGGUUCUACCUGUUCCCAGACUGCUACAACCACGACUACAGGCGCACCCUGGAGAACUACACCGGGCGGUGUCCUGACGUGGAGGUGGCCCGCAACGAGCAGCUGAAGUGGUUGUGGACGGAGAGCACGGCCCUCUUCCCCUCCAUCUACAUCUCCCCGGUGCUGCGCUCCUCAAACUCUGGACGCCAGUUUGUCCGGAACAGAGUGAAGGAGGCGAUGCGGUUGGCGUCAUCAGGAGACGGGUUGGCACGUCCUGUCUUUGUCUACACCCGGCCCACCUACAUCGACUCCCUGGAACAGCUGACGGAGACUGACCUGGUGUCCACCAUCGGGGAGAGCGUGGCGCUGGGAGCAGCUGGGAUCAUCAUGUGGGGCGAUGCAGCUUAUACCGGCAGCAAAAACAGCUGCUCCGACCUGGACUCCUAUCUGCGGGGUGCGCUGGGUCAAUACCUCCUCAACGUCUCCACGGCAGCAGAGCUAUGCAGCCAGACCUUGUGCGGUUCUCACGGCCGCUGUCUGCGCAAAACCCCAGACAGCGAUGUUUACUUGCACCUGAACCCCCUCAGCCACGCCAUCGCCAUGCAGGGCGGCAAGCCCACGGUCAGCGGCGAGCUCGGGGAAGAAGAGAAGACGAGUUUUCAGACAGAGUUUCAGUGCCAGUACUACAGCGGCUACCAGAAGGACAGCAGCAAUAACACAGACGCUGAACACCAAAGAGGGGCGGCAUCUCAAAUCAUGGCGUCACCAUGGCAACGUGUCAUCUUACUGAUUGUCUCUCUGCUCCUCGUCUUAAAUACACCGUAAAUAUUGUUAGACAAGGCUGCAUUUUUAUACACUACCGGUCAAAAGUUUUAGAACACCCCAAUUUUUCCAGUUUUUUAUUGAAAUUCAAGCAGUUCAAGUCAAAUGAACAGCUUGAAAGGGUACAAAGGUAAGUGGUGAACUGCCAGAGGUAAAUAAAAAAAGGUAAGGUUAACCAAAACUGAAAAAUAAUGUACAUUUCAGAAUUAUACAAGUAGGCCUUUUUCAGGGAACAAGAAAUGGGUUAACAACUUAACUCUAUGGAGUCUUGGGCUAUUUUGUCCAUUUUUGAAUUCUUUUCAUGUCUUUGUAAGUCAUUUUGUGUCUUUUUUUUUUGUCAUUUUGUGUCUUUUUUUUGUCAUUU